AUGUAAGAACGAUUUAAAGAAGAAUUGCUCUCUCCUUAAUUUAAAGAUCUAGAGUAAGAGCUUUCAACUUAAGAAUGCCGAAAAUUCUCAAGUAUAUCAGCUGCUGAAUUAAACACACCUGAAACAAAAUAUAGAUCAACUAUAGGACCCAAUAAAAUGGACAUGUCGAAGGAUGCAAAUUCGUUGCAUUUUAGAAAUAGAACAGCAAAAUUUGAGGAUGAAUAAAAUCAACUAUAUAUGGAAAUUAAAAAUUUAUACCAAAAGAGAUAGUUCGAUGUCCCAACUCUUUUGGAACCAAAAAUCUUGUUUAAGACAGAAACUGUUCCAACUAGAUUUAUAAAUUCGUUUAUAGCAUCAAGAGAAAAUAAAACCAAGCACAAUAAUAAUCACAAUUUAAUGAUUAGAUGUUGA